GCAAUCCGUUAGGCCCUGGAGGGGCGUAGAAAGGAGGCCAUAUUGUACAGUUAAAUUGAAAGAACGAAAAUAAUUGUAUCGCCGUUGGCCGAUCGCUCGCGCUCGCACCGCCAUCGGUUCCCCCGGUCUUCUGUUCCCCCGUUAUCGUUCGCGUGCGACGGCGAAUCUCUUUGCUAAUCGCUUUGCGUCGCUCGUUCACGUCCGCGGCGGAGCCAGGAGAAGCGAGAGAGCUACGAGCACACACACGGGAGCCAAUCGGCGGCUCCUCGGCCUUCUCUGCCCUUUGUAUAUAAGCCAUACGUCGUCGCAGUAGCGCGGUUCCAAUUCCCCGGGGGUAACCGACGUCGGUUCGCUGAGAAGUGCUUGUUGCUCGCUGCGGUCAAGAUGGGCACUCGGGACGACGAGUACGAUUAUUUAUUUAAAGUUGUUCUCAUUGGAGAUUCUGGAGUAGGAAAAAGUAAUCUGCUAUCCCGAUUUACAAGAAACGAAUUCAAUUUGGAAUCAAAGUCUACCAUCGGAGUCGAAUUUGCAACACGCAGUAUACAAGUAGAUGGUAAAACCAUCAAAGCCCAAAUUUGGGAUACAGCUGGACAAGAGCGUUAUCGUGCGAUUACCUCUGCAUAUUACCGCGGAGCAGUUGGUGCACUACUCGUGUAUGAUAUUGCAAAACACCUGACGUAUGAAAAUGUAGAAAGAUGGUUACGAGAAUUACGGGACCAUGCUGACCAGAAUAUUGUGAUCAUGUUAGUGGGAAAUAAGUCAGACUUAAGGCAUCUGCGUGCUGUUCCAACUGACGAGGCUAAAGCGUUUGCUGAAAGAAAUGGCUUAUCUUUCAUUGAAACAUCCGCUUUAGAUUCAACUAACGUUGAGACAGCGUUUCAAAACAUAUUAACAGAAAUAUACAGAAUCGUAUCGCAAAAACAGAUACGAGACCCACCUGAAGGUGAUACAAUCCGGCCACAAAAUGUAGAACAAAUUGAAGUCAAACCAACGAUGAAUGCUGAGGGAGUGCGUAAGCAGUGCUGCCAGUGACUCACCUUGUUGCUUAAAAUAAGCAGUCACACGGAGGAGAAAAAAGUGGGAGUAUUAGUUGGCGGUAGAUAUAACAGGUGCAUAACAGAACGAGAGUUAAGACUAUGUGCGAAAGCAUGUAAUCUCGUAUGUUAAGUUUUAUCCUUAUUAGUGCGAGAGAGGAUAUCCAUCAAUCCAUAUACGAGUAUGCAUUACAUGUUCGUAGAAAUAAUCAAGUAAGGAUAAACGAUAAAAGUAAAAGAUUGUAUAAUGCUGUAAGAACGCGAAUACAUGCGCACCAUUCUGUCCGCGAAAAAAGAUCAUCUUUACUCUCUCUGUUUGUCUCUCUAUCUGUCACGAU